AUCAAACUGUCUUGCUUAUGUGUGCAUUGUGGGUCUGUCUGGGUCAUAAGUUCUCACUCCUUCCCUCUCUAUUUAAACCCGACCAUCUUCUUUGUUGGCUAUCUAUCUUAAGCGCCAUUCCCUCUCCUUCUCUACCUUCCCCUGAUUUCCCCUCCUCUCAUCCUCUCUAUCUCUGUCUGUGUUGCAAAGACAGACAGAGAGAGACAAGCACACCACAGAACACAUAGCAGAAAGAAAAAAAAAAAAAAAAGAUGAGUGGGUUCAGUCUACGAAGCCUCUCUUUGAUCCUUCUCAUAGCUUUUCUCGUUUGGUGUUCUGCAUUUGAAGUUUGCAAUGCCAGAAGAGGGAAGCACUGGAGGCAGAGCAGAGCUGGCAUCUCGGCCUCUCUGUCUAAGAAGAAAGGAAAGAGUCAUGGUAGCGGUAGUAGCCACCACCACGGCAGCAGCGGAGGUGGAAAUGGGUCGAAGCCAAAAUCUCCAGCUCCUUCGCCGUCGCCGGGAACAGUAUUCCCAGGACCGAGAGCGGAAGCUCCGAUUCCACCACCGGGGAAUAGUGGAAACAAUGAUAGUCAGCCGGCGGUGUUUGAUGUGUUGGAUUUCGGCGCAAAGGGCGACGGAGAGACCUACGACACGAAGGCAUUCCAAGCCGCAUGGGCAGCUGCUUGUAAGGUGGAGGCAUCAACAGUGGUGGUGCCUGCGGAUUACGUGUUCCUCGUCGGGCCCAUUUCUUUCUCUGGGCCUUAUUGUGAAUCCAACAUUGUAUUUCAGUUGGAAGGUACAAUAAUCGCUCCCACGAUCUCCAGUGCUUGGGGGUCGGGACUGUUGCAAUGGCUUGAGUUCACGAAACUGCGGGGCAUUACGAUCCAAGGUGGAGGAAUAAUCGAUGGCCGGGGUUCAGUCUGGUGGCAGGAUUCCCCCUUUGAUGAACCGAUAGACAGUGAAACACGAUUAAUCAUCCCAAUUACCGACGAACCACCCACAGCUGCCAACUCCCGCAUUCCGAUAAACAGCACACUCGGAGGAAAAAUGCCAAGUAUCAAACCAACAGCUCUAAGGUUCUAUGGCAGUUAUAAUGUGACCGUCACAGGCAUAACAAUUCAAAACAGCCCCCAGUGUCAUCUUAAAUUUGAUAACUGUGUUGGAGUCGAGGUCUACAACAUGACCACCAACUCUCCCGGCGACAGCCUCAACACCGACGGAAUCCACCUGCAGAACUCCAAAGAUGUGCUGAUCCACAGCACCAACCUCGCUUGUGGUGAUGACUGUGUAUCCAUACAGACUGGAUGCUCAAAUGUAUACAUACAUAAUGUGAACUGUGGGCCUGGACAUGGAAUCAGCAUUGGAGGGCUAGGAAGGGACAACACAAAAGCCUGUGUGACAAACAUUACUGUCCGAGAUAUCAUGAUGCACAACACCAUGACCGGUGUCAGAAUCAAGACAUGGCAGGGUGGGUCUGGUUCUGUACAAGGAGUACUCUUCUCAAACAUUCAGGUUUCUGAAGUUCAACUUCCCAUUGUAAUUGAUCAAUUCUACUGCGACAAGAGCACAUGCAAGAACCAAUCAUCAGCAGUUGCACUGUCAGGCAUCACCUAUGAGAAAAUAAAAGGGACAUACACAGUAAAACCUGUACACUUUGCAUGCAGCGAUAGCUUACCAUGCAUAGACGUUACUCUAUCCAACAUAGAGCUACAACCAAUUCAAGAACGUUAUCACAUGUAUAACCCCUUCUGUUGGCAGACCUUUGGUGAGUUGAGUACUCCCACUGUCCCCCAAAUUGACUGUCUGCAGAUUGGCAAGCCAUCAAGCAACCGGAUUCAAUCUGAUUAUGAUUCUUGUUGAGCCAAGCGUAGGAUAUGACGGUGUUUUCAUGUGCGGUUGUGAAUUCCAACCCCUUUACACCAUUUGUCGUUACUCACAAAGUAUAUAUUUAGGUGACAAGUCUAUGGUAAUUCUUAUCACUAGGAGACUACAGUGAUUCCCAUUUAGAGGGAGUAUACAGGGCAUUGUUAUUUGCUAGACUUCUACAGUACAGAGCAUAAAGCAGCUUCCUUGCUAGGGUGGAUUUCACCAUUAUUUGAUAGUAUACAAAUGUUAUGUUUGCCAGAUGUAUAAUAUUUAGAUUGCAACAUAUAUUGGAUUUCACCAUCACUACAGAAUAUAGUAAUAAUACAUGCCUGUUUUACUAAA